UAUGGGGUGGCAGCUCUGCCGUACGAACAGCUGAGCAAGUGUUUGAUGUGCUAAUAUUUCUAAAACGUUAUUGUUGUAAAUUAAAAGUAAUGUUAAAAUUACGUAAUGCAAUACCACAGCGUUUCUCUAAGAGCGGGUACCUUAAAUUGCAGCGAUACAUCUCCGCCCUAUACAUAACUGGCGAUAAAGCAAAUGAAAACUACGUUACUUUACAACCGCACUUGGAUUUUGCCGGCACUUUUAACGACAGAUCGGCGCUUGAGAAGUCAAUUAGAAACCGUGGCCUAAAAAUUAGUUUGGAGAGAGUGCUGGGAAAAUACCAAAAAUAUCUAACACAUCAUGAGGAAUUGCGACGACUAGACGGCGAACGGGAAGCGAUCAGCCAACAAUUAAAAACGCUUGCGAAAGCUGGUGCAGCUGCAAAGGAACUUGAUGAGCUCAAAGACCGAGGAAAAUCAUUACGCAAUGAUGUGAAGGCACUUAAACAAAUACUUUAUCCCAUUGAGGAUGACUUUAUACAUGAUUUCCUGCAUCUGCCCAAUCGCUUGCAUGCCAACUGCCCCGACACUGGAGAUGAGCGACUCGUGUAUCGUCACCUUCUGCCCGAAAAUACGCAACAGGUGCCUUCCACAUCGCACCUGGAGCGCAACGAUCUUAUACACUUUGUGGAUAACAAUCGCUAUUACAUGAUGAAACAGGCAGCCCAUUUCGACGUAAAUUCGAUGCAAGCGCUGGCGCGAUAUUUUGUAAAACAGGCCAAUUUCCUGCAAACAGCCAAUCCUGAUUUUGUGCGUUGUGUGCUGAUGGAGGCGAACGCUACGCCGCUGGAACAUUACCAUAUGGUCAAAGAGGAUAACUUGCAAAACAAGCUGAAUGUGGCUUAUUUGACUGGGGGUGGCGCCUUCGAAAGCUUCCUGGGCGCCAUGACAAAACUAUGUGUCUACUCAUCUGUCUUACCACUGCGAUAUGUUUGCUGUGGGCGCAGUUAUAGUCGCGCAGAGGCGAAACUACACGGUCCACUGCCAAGUCUCUAUACAGCCACCCAGACAAAUGCAGUGCAGAGCUUUAUGGCCACACAAACAGCUGAUGAAGCAGACGCACAACUAGAGGAAAUACUUAACUUGGCUGCUGAUUUCUACAAAGCUCUCGACAUACCAUUCCGUAUUGUAUAUGUUGGUGCUGAUAUGCUGACGCCUUCGGAAUCCUUGCGUGCAUCUCUAGAAGUCUAUGCGCCUUCACUCCAGCGGUACGUUUGCGUAGGGCGCAUUAGCAACUACAGUGACUUUGUCUCCAAGCGCAUACUCCUCAGCAUGAGACGCGAGAAACACUACGACUUCCUCCAUUUGGUGGGAGGCCCUGUGCUCUAUACGACUCGGCUGAUAGCAGCUCUUAUUGAGCAUGGAAUACCCUUGGAGUCUUGCAAGUUGCUGGGCAGCAACGAGCUGGAUACGAAAAAAACAUUUCAACAAGAUCUGCAAGAAUUUAAGAACCUUUUUAAAUAGAGAUUGCAAAAUUGUGUGGUUCGAAA